ACAGAAAUGGGAUAUUGUGAAGUUUUUAGAGGUCUUGUUCUGCUCUUGAUGCAUCUCGACAUUGAUUGCCUGGUAAAUGUUGCUUCACAGCUAUUAAUGCAUUUUUUUUCCGCUUCGAGUCAUCCUAACUUUUUGAAUUAUUUUUAAGGUGCUUUGCUGCAGGAGCAGGUUUAGAACCAACAAAGCUUCCCUUUAAUCUUAACUCUGUCAAACAUUUUCGCUUAUCUGUUUAUCUGUGUCAAUUAGAUGAUGUUUUAUGUGCUCUUGGCUUGAUUAGAAGCUUCCCAUGUUUACAAUAUUUAGAAAUUGAGGUUUUCUUUUCUUUUUCUUUCUUAUGCACAAUAGUUUCUUUCUUAUUUCCAUACUCCUUAAAUCAUCAAUUAGUUGAGAUUUGGUUAAUCUUUUCUUAGACGUCUUAUGUGGAUGAUGAUGAUGAUGUGUCUGCUCUAGAAUGUCUUGAAGUGGAACAUUUCUCAGAUGUCACAUUUAAUCACCUCAACGAAUUUAAGCUAAUGUAUAUUAAUGGUUCAAAGCCUGAGUUGCAGCUUAUGAAGCUUUUGUUAGCCAAGUCUCACGUGCUGGUGAGGAUGCUAAUCGAGCCCUUCAGGCCAGUUAAAGAUUCUGCAACAGUCAAAAUACUCGCUGAGUUACCAAAAUUUCAGCGUGCAUCACCUAAAGCAGAAGUUAGAUUUCUAAACUAGUACUCCACAAGAUUACAAUCUUGUUUAUUGAUCUUCAGGAUUCUUUAAUCAAACCAUACAAUCUAUGGCUCAAAAUUUUGGAAGUUAAUUAUUCUGGGUGGAUGAUUUGACUAGUCUGUUACAUAAUUUGUCAUUACUUCACGUUGACGUUGUUAAUGUUUAUUUCAAACUUCAAAGUUAGGUUGCGGGUUGCUGUGUGUUAUUUUUCUACUUUGGUCAUAUCUCAAAGUAGAAUUUUAUCUCUGUAAGUUAGAGCCAUGUAGAAUUGAUACUAGGUAGAGUAGAUAGCACUUGCUAUUUAACUUUUUCUUUAUUCACUAUGGUAUUUAAUAUAAUCUCACAAUAUCCUCCUGGAAUUUAUUCUGUUUUUCAUGCCAAAAUGAAUUGGUCCAGGAAACUAACUUUAAAAUAGUUAUUACUGUAUUACAAUCUUCAAAGUACUUUGCACAAUAUAAUAUUGGUAAGUGUAAUAGUAAAUUGAAAGUAGACAGGAACUUAAACAAAAAAAAUCAGGAUAAUUAAUUUGAGACAGUGCAUGCGUCAAGAGUUUAUAGUCAUUAAGAAUAGGAAUAGAAACAAUUUAUUUCAUUUAUUGAUCUUGAAAACCUCAACUGUCAUUCUUUUCCUAGUGAACUGAAAAGUUCUUUUCGAAUCUGGAGAUGGCUUUAAAAGGCUAUGCAAAGUAAAGACUUAACAAGUUACAAAUAGCGGCAACAGCUAAAGCACUGAGGAUAGAGAAAGGCUGGUUACAUCCUUUUGAAUCAUUCAUCAUCAAAAUUCAAGAAUCUUAGGUCUUGAUAAGGUUGAAAUGCUCUUCUUUUUUCUUCAUCAUUUUUUCACUUUAGGAUGAAUUACUUAUGCAUUCAGUAAUUGAAAUAGUAAAUAUUUAUGUUCAAAUGAACUUAUUGUGUAGUUAUCAUUGUCAAUUUGAUAAGCUUAAUUGAAGCAAAAAGGUAAUCUGGUUUAAGACUGAUGAUUAGUGACUAUAAGAUUGAAGGACGUGUUUCUUGCCGUUGAGAUUUAAAGAAUGCAUUUUAUGAAUAUUAAGAGGAGAUGGAUUAGUGAUUCAAUUAGAAUAGACCCUUUCUUUUCUUACAUUUUUGGCAUGUUGAUUUAACAAUAAUCAUAGAAGUUUAAUGUCUGUGUACUCUGUCCGGAUAGUUUGAGUAUUCCUUACCUUUAUAUUCUUGUUUCUGCAGAUUCUUACUGGCAAUUAUUAUUAUAUGAUGCCUCCUAAGGGCGAAAUGCAUGAUUGUCAAAGUGUACCUCCAAAUAUACUUGGCAACCUUCCUGAGAAUGUUAUCGAUGCCAUUCUAAUGCGUUUACCUUUACGAGAUGUUGUGAGGACAAGCAUCUUAUCAAAGAAAUGGAGGUAUAACUGGUGCAGACUUCCAGAAUUAACGUUUGACCAGACACUUUUGGAAACAAGAAUUGCCUUAAUACCUCCUGCACUUGUAUUUACAAAAAUCAUAUGCCAUCUUUUAACACUUCACGAUGGACCAAUAACUAAGUUUUCACUGUCCAUUCAUGAUCAUUUUUUAUUUGUUUGAAGUUGAGGCAUCUGACUCUCCAGAAUUGUUUAAUACGUCCUCCAUUGGCUUUCAAGGGAUUUUAUAGGUUGAUUAGCCUGGAACUACGUGAAGUAAAAAUUUGUUCCAAAUUUCUUGAGAAUUUUUUAUCUCAUUGCCCGUUGCUCGAGUACUUGGUAUUGCAGAUCUCAUAUAGUUUUUAAGCAAUAUUCAAAUUAUUGCUCCCUGUUUGAAAUCCUUUGACUUCGCAAGAGGUUCUGUUUUUCUAAUAAAUUCUCCUCUUCUUCCGAAACUUUCACUUGUGAAUACGGAUUUUUCUAUGGGGCAUGGAAAAUAUGGUCUUGCCAAGUUUUUCGAGUCUUUUCCUCCACUUGGAUUAUUGUGGUGUCCAGUCCUUGGUUGCAGGGGCAGGUGAAGUACCAAAAGAGCUCCCCUCUGCUCUUACGCGUCUUUACUUAUCUGAUGUUUGUGUAGAUCCAGGUUGGACUUUAUGUGCUCUUUGCUUGAUCAGAAGCUCCCCAUAUUUACAAGAAAUUGAAAUUCAGUUGGACUAUGAACUUUCCAAUAUAUGGUGGUUAGAUCAGGAGACCAGCUGUGUUUCUCUUGAAGUAAAAGGUUUUUCAAAUGUGCCAAUAUUGAAUCACCUAAGAGCGGUUAAGGUGAUAGAUACAACAGGCAAAAAGUCUGAAAAGUUGCUUAUUAAGCUUCUAUUAGCCAAGUCUCUGAUGCUCGUAGGAAUGGUAAUUGAGCCCAGGUUAGAUUCUCCUGAAACAAGACUUGAGUUACUCACAGAGCUAAUACAAUUUCCGCAGGCAUCACCUAAAGCAGGAGUUAUCUAUAUAGGUUCAUAGGGUGGUAUCCAGAUCAGAGUCCGGUCUAUCUCCACUGGUCUUUUACACCACCAUGAUCUUUGUCUUAGAUAGGUUGGAGGUUAAUUAAGGCAAAUAGAGAGAAAUGAAUGUGGAUGGUGUAGUAUAUGGUUGUGUUUCGGCAUUGCCUUUUGAUAGAUAAUGAAUUUCAGUUUGGAUAACAGUACCUUCUUACUGCAUCUAAUAAGAAUGAGAUGACUACAAAUUUUCUUGCUGUCCUAUUUCAGAAGUGAAAACUUUUCAAAACAAUCCUGAAUAUAUGAUCCAAUUUCAAUAGCAUACACGAUAUUGAAUCCUUCCUGCACGCGUAAUGUCACUUUCUAGCUUGUUCAUCAUUCAUAACAAAGCGAUGAAGAUUUGCACUCUUUAUAAUUGACCAACAAACCUUUGUUUGCGAUUGAUUUGAUAUGUUAUAAGGGAAAAUGCCCAAGUACCCCCAACCUAUGACCGAAGCUCCAACUACACAUUUUUCCUUUUCCUAUUACCCCCGAACUAUUUUAAAAUAGAAUAAGUUCACCCUUGAAACACUACAACCAGAUUUCUGCUGGGAGGUAAACUACACGCCCUAGACAAGUGAAUAUUUCAUUAAAAAAUUAUUUUUCUGUUCUUUCCAUUUUUUUUUUCUUUCUCUUUUCUCUUUUUCAUUUACUCUUGUCCCCACCAAACUAGACAACAAAGUUUCAUGCCAUGCUCUAAUUUUUGGCCCUUGAUCUGUUCCUUUUUUUUUUGCUGCUAAGCUAGGCUUGAGGCCUUUAAAUGGCUAUUGUGGUGGCGACGUUUUGGACGGUUUCUAUCACCGGUAAUUGUGGGGGCAUAAAAAUGGUGGCUCUUAUAAUUAAGAGGCGAAUAAUGGUGAAUGAUCUGAGUAUAUUUAUGUCUGUUGGGUAGGGGUGGGCGUUCGGGCAGUUUUGAUUAGAUAUAAAAAUUUUAGUUUGGAUUUUUGGUUUUUGGAUUGAAGAAAUAACUAUCCAAAUCCAAUCCAAAUAAGCUCGGAUUGGAUCAGAUUUUUUAAGUUCGAUUUCGGAAUAAUCUGUUUGGAUAUUUUGGAUUUUCUUUUGAGCCUAUAAGUUGAGAUGUUUCUGGCCUUCUUUUUUCUUAUAAAAAAUGAACAUCUAAAUGAAGUAUUCGUGUUAUAUUACGUAAAAAGUUUCUUAUUCUCACUGCAAUCAUCCCAAUAAAGUAUUCAAGUAACAAAAUCAUCAUCAAGAAAAUACAACAUAGACGCUCACAAGGCCCAUAAGAAGUAAAAAUAGUAAAAUCGUGUCUAAAUAGAAAGUAUUCUCAUAGUAAUUUAGGAACUAGUAUUGAAUAUAUGACUAUAUGAGAUAAUGUCUAGUAUUGAAUAUAUGACUAUGAGAUAAUGUCUAGUAUUGAAUGGGUAGAGUAUUGGACUUAUUACUAUUGACAUGUGAAUAAUGGACUAAAUAUGAAGUAUAAAUAUUUCGGAUUUUCAGAUAAUCCGAAGUGCCAAAUCCAACAUCCAAUCCGAAAUCCAAAAAAUUUAAAAAUUAAGUCUGUAGUCCAAUCCGUAAUUCGAAAAUCCAAACCAAAACUCCAUAAAACUCAGAUUUCGGUUUGUAUUUUGGGUUUGCCCAAACUAUGCCCACCCCUACUGUUGGGUAAGAAAAAGGCUUUAUUCGGUUUGAAAUGUCAAAAACUCUAUUUUUUCUGGCAAAAAAAGAGAAGAUUUUCCGGUGCUGGAUAUUUCCAAAUCUCAGGCAAAAUAAAUAAAAAGAUUUUUCGGUGCUGGAUAUUUUCAAAUCUGAGUGGUUUUGCUUUACAUAUGUAUAAUUUUUUAAUAAAAGUGUGAUUUGUGUAUUCGAGAGUGGGAGAGGAAGAAAACUAACCCAAAAAAUUAAAGAAGGCCAUAAAAGUCGCCGACGAUUGUUGUAUGUUGUUGAUGGGAAUAGUGAAGUAGAGGAGAAGAAGGAAAAGACAGACAAAGAAAAAGAAAAAAGAAUGUAUAUUUUUAAUUUUAAUAAAAUUAAGAAAGUAAUAUUUUAAAAUUAUUUUUUCUUCUCACUCUCUCAGAGAGAGUGAUAUACACACUUUGCUACAUAAGCCUUUAGAUGCAAUUAAUUAUUCUCUAAACUAGUAUAAGGAGGUAAUAGGAUCCCCGAAAAGGAAAGGUGUGCAGUUGGAACUUCGAUAUAGAAUUUUUUUCCUAAUACUCAAUAAAACCUAAUGUACCUUAAAAAUAAUCAAAUAUAAUGAAGAUUUUGUGAUUCAGUGCGGCGGAGACAAAAAAUACUAGGUGAUUUCUUCUCAUUUGUCCAACCCUUGGUGGAUAGAGUUACCCGAUUUCUGUUUCUAGUCUGCGGUGGCAGGUAUCCCGUUGAAUUAGUCGAGGUGCACACAAGCCCGAACACCACGGUUAUAAAACAAAAGUGCAAAUGAAAAGUAGAAGUAGAAAGGAAUCUAAAAGGAGUUGUCCCAUAUAUGAAAAGGAAGAAAUACUCUUACCCGCUUUUAAGACCACCUUUGCCUAUUUGAAACUCAAUCUACAAAAGAAUGUGAUCAAAUCUCCACUAACAAAAGCCCUGCAAUGGCUAUUAUUUCUCCCAGAAUAUUUAUUUUGACCAUUAGAAUAUAUACUAUUUCUACUGCAAAUUAAAGCCAACUUUUCACUCAAAGGAAUAUUCUCAUUCUAAGAAGCAAGGAAAAGAGGAAAAACUUUUAAUCCAGGAACAAAGGAGAAGAAGAGGGUUUCUGAAAAGCCCAGUUCGUGUAGUUCAUCCAAAGAUGAGUUCCAGCAAAAGGGUUGGGAAGUCUUCUAAUUCAUCAGGAAAGCAGAAAGCUAUAUGCGAAACAACUACUACACCAACGGUUGAUGAUAUAAAUGUAGGCGUAGAAGAUAUGGGGUUGAACUCCGAUCAAAAUGAUGGAUGGAUAGUGUGUUCUAGAAAGUCCAAGAACAAGGGUGGAAGCAGCAGUGCUGGAAUGAAGCAAUGGAUUUCUCAGAAUCCCACUCCAAAAGCCAAACUGGGAAUGCGUAACAAUAUUGUUGGAUCAUCAGGACAGGGGUCUAGGAAUAACUGGUCCACACCUAAUUAUCAUCCUCGAAAACCUGCUGGCAGAGAAUGCUACACACCGACACCCGCUGCAGUUCCUCCUGCCCUGAAGAAUGGUUGGGAUUGGUCAUCUGUCGCUCGUUCCAAUGAGGACCAUGAUACUUAUUCCCCUGUCGCUGAUGUCAAGGCUUCCUGUGAACAUGAUGGAGAGGAUAAUGAAUCGGAUUUGCCUGAUGAUGACAGUGAUGAUGAGCUUCCGAGUGAUGACGACUUUGAUGAUCACUCGGAUGUAAAUGAAAUGAGUCAUGAGGUACUCAAGGAAAGUCGUUGGUUCAAGAACCUUUUCAAAUGUCUUGACAGUUUGACUGUCACUGAGAUUAAUGAUCCGGAAAGACAGUGGCACUGCCCUGCAUGCAAAGGUGGUCCGGGUGCAAUUGAGUGGUUUCCAGGGAUACAGUCAGUGAUGAACCACGCAAAAACGAAAGGAUUUAGGAUGAAAUUACACAGACAACUUGCUCAACUUUUGGAGGAAGAGCUGCGUCGGAGGGGAACUUCUGUUGUACCUCCAGGUCAAGUGUAUGGAAGAUGGGGUGGCGGUGAAUAUGAAGAUAAGGAAAUAGUGUGGCCACCGACCGCGAUUAUCGUGAACACAGUGCUUGAGAAAGAUGAAAAUGACAAGUGGAUUGGAAUGGGAAAUCAGGAGCUGCGUGAUUAUUUCAGCUCUUAUGCUGCUGUCAAGGCAGCGCGAAGCUCAUAUGGUCCACAAGGCCAUCGUGGUAUCAGUGUGUUGAUUUUUGAGGCCACUCCCGUGGGAUACAUGGAGGCUGUACUUCUCAGUGAGCAGUUUUCUGAAAAAGGAAGUGAUAGAGAUGCAUGGGAACACAAUCCAGUUCUCUUUUAUCCUGGGGGAAAACGUAAGCUUUAUGGUUACAUGGCAGAGAAAAGAGACAUGGACAACUUUAACCGGCAUUCACAUGGGAAAUCAAGGCUGAAGUUCGAGAUGAGGUCAUAUAAAGAAACUGUUUCGAAUCCAGCGAUGCAGAUGUCGGAGGAUAAUCAACAGCUCAUAUGGUUCAAGAACCAAGCCUCUAAGCACCAAAAGCGGGCUAAAGCUACUGAAGAGUCUCUAAGACUGGUGAGUGAAAAGCACCGUCAGACAGUCGAAGAGAACAAGAUUGUCAGACUGAGAACUAAGAUGCACCAUGAACGGAACAAGGAAGAGAUGGAAUAUCUAGAGCAGUUUUUUAAUGAUCAGUUGAAAAUGAUUUAUGAUGCCAGGACUGCUGAGGAGGACAAGUUUGAAAAGAUACAGCAGGAACAGCGUGAGAUGAUCUAUCAAUCUAAUGCAACUAUUUCCUCGGCUGAGGAUCAUCGACUCAGGGCAGAGAAAGUUGCGAAAUUUAUCAAACUUCAGGACAAGGAUAUGGAAGAAUUUGUGGAAGAGAGGGAUAAUCUGAUAAGAGCUCAUGAAGAUAGGGUAGGUUCAAUGAGACGCAAAUACUUGCUGCAAUACUCGGAAGAGGCAGUUGCACUUGAGAAGAAUUUUGAUCUCGAACUGGCUAAGCUGAUGGAGAAGUACUCAUCAAAGCAAUCUGAGCAGGAUCUUAUUGUCGAUCAGUCUAAUAUGAUGCCUCCUACGGGUAAUCUCAAGAGGUUGUUUAUCAAGGACGAUGAGAAAUUCAAAUCAAUCUCCUUAGAGAAUGCUUCUAACUUGUCUGAACUUUCUGUUUCAUUGGAGAGAGUUGUAACAGGCAGGGAAGGCAAACCUGUUUCUGAUUUGGUUACAUUUGUGGGUACCCUGUCUAAAGUCAAAAUACUUCCUCUUAAUGGCAUGUUUCCGCAGCUCCUAGAUGAAGCUCCUGUUCUGCCAAUGUUAUUGCCAUCGUCAUACUCUCUAAAGAUUCUUGAACUCAAAGGUGUGAACUUUAUGGACUUUAAUCAAAUAUCUGUAGUUGUCCUCCUACUUGCAAGUGCUCCCAACUUGCAAGAACUCUAUGUAGAGGCUUCUACAAUCGAGCGCGCUAAACCAGGAACAAGUCUCGGGUUAUCUAAAAUGCUUGGACUGCUGCACAACUUUUCCCCUUAGCAAGCUUCAUCUGGUCAAAUUAACGAAUAUCUCAGCUUUCAUUCCUGAGUUUGAGUUUAUCCGAUUCAUUCUCUUUAGCUCGCCAUCACUUGUGAUAAUGAACAUCCUGGAGCACCCAGAACUUGAAGCAGAAAAAGCAUUGAAUAUAGCUAGGAAGAUGCUCCAGUUGCGGCCACCAUCAGCAGUGUCUAUAGAUUUCUCAAGGGACAGCAAAACACUAGUAUCAUAAUGUGAGUUUCAGGGAACUGGCAUUGGUAACAGAAUUACAACAUUAAGUUUUCUUACUGCAUGAUUUGUGGUUUGUUAACGUUCCAAUUCUUUUGGUUGGUUAGGGUAAAGAAUCCAGAUAAAAUACUUAAUUUUGUGGAGA